AUGAGCUCACCCGUGAGCCUCGAUUCACUACCCAACGAGCUCCUCUCCUCUAUCCUCUCCCAAUUGCCCACAACUGCCCUCUUACCCCGGAUCACAAUCAACCAUCGCGUUUACUCCACAGCCCUGCAUAUCCUCAACCAGCGCCUACUCCGCGCCACCUCCCAACCAGACCGUCGUGUCAUGCUGGAGUGCUACCACCCAUCCGAGAAACUCUACACGCCUUACCUCUACUGCAAUUACCUCUGCAGCGACCCAUUUCCUGAAUUUGGGGCGUCACCACCAGCCGAGCCAGCUGGGGAAUCUUCCCAGCAUGAGGGCAGUACUAGAAGGGCUAGUGAUAGCGACGGUACCAAAGGGUUACGAACCGCAUACUCCCACUUCCAACCCGUGGAGCAAGACGAAUCCCGCCCGCGCCGCGGCUCCCGGUCCUGGUGGCGACCCAACGGCAGCUCCGGGUCCUAUCUUCCCACUCCUACCUCCCCAACAUCCACCGCCACUACUAGCAACACCAACGGAUCCCACGAGCCAUUCCCACCACCACCACCACCACCACCAACCACCCGUCCAUCACUAGACAUCUACCUCGACGAAGACGAGUCCUUCUCCCAACUAGUCUGCGUAACCAACCUCGUCCGACUGGGUCAACGCCCCGGUCUGUUCCGGAGCCAUGUGAAUGUGAGCGAGGCGGUGGUGAGGGUCGGGCGGGAUUGGUUGGCUCGGAGGGCCAGGGCCAGCGGGGCUGUAGAACCACCAGAUGACGACGAUAUCCUCUGGGUCGACUCCUCCCGCGCCAUCGGCCUCCGAUUCCGCGUCACGGAAAAAGACCUGCGCAGCGAGCGUCCUGUGUUAGUGGGAAGUGAUGAGCAACUGCCGGUUGCAUACCGGUUGGGGUUUGAUGAGUUGUUGAUCCGGAGUACCACGUUAUUGGUUAUGGCGGAGAGGGAGGAGGUGGAGGAGGUUUCGGCGGAGGGGAAGGCGAUUGUUUUGGCGACGUUUUGA